CUUCUACUACUGGUAAAUGUCAAAACAUAACCUUUCUCUACAUCACACCGUAUUUGACUCAAUACAAGCAGUUGUUUAUUGUGAUGAAAUAUUUGUUAAGAUUUGAGAUUGUUUAUUGUACAGUUUAAGUCAUUCGUUGCACAUUGUUGAUUACUGCUUCUUCACCAUAGCAAUGUGGAUUUUAAGCAGAGUUAAUAAUGAAGACAAAGUCUACCUCCUUUGUGAUAAGCCCCAUUACACGGUGGGUCGAAACAAGACAUGUGACAUUGUCGGCGAACAGACUCAAUCGUCGUUGGGUAGAUUUCAUGCCACUCUUCAUCCCUAUGAAGAUCGUGUAGAAAUUAUCGACACCGAGUCAAAAUACGGCACCUAUAUCAACGAGCAAAUUAAUUCAAAUGUACGAAUUGAUCCGAAAGUACCGGUUCUACUGAAGGACGGUGACACCAUACGAUUUGGAUUCAUUGAUUUUACGUGGAAGCUGGAGAAAGUGGAUAUUGUCGUUCUGACUUCAACAUUGAACGAGCGUGAGAAAAAUAACUUGAAAAGAGACAUUACCACUCUGGGCGGUCAAUUUGUCGAUCAAUGGUCGGACACUUGUACUCAUCUGGUCGUGAAAAGUUUGACACUAACUGUGAAAGUGUUGCAAGGCUUGUGUCAUGCCAUUCCAAUUGUUAAACCCGAUUACUUCAGAGCUAUGUUGUCGUCCAUUCGUAGUAACGGUACUAUGCCCAAAGUGGAAAUGUUUCAACCAGCUAUUGUGGAGCGUGUGGGUGGAAACACCUGGUCGAUGGAGGCGAACAUUGACCGAAAACGGUUAUUCGUUGGAAAAACAUUAGUUUUCAUGAACAGCAGACAAAUGGAAACGUUCAAAGGCAUCAUUGAAUGUGCCAUGGGAAAAUGUUCAUCGCUCGAUACGAAAAAGUGGCAACGAAGGAGCCUCGUUAAUCCAGGGGUAAUUGUGAUAAGUGAUUCAUCGGGCUCAACCCAGAGUCAAGUAGCUGUGCAAACUGCGAAUGAAUUGAACGAUUUUUUGAUAUCAAAAGGAAGUCGGAUGGUUCCGGACUCGGAAAUCAGUCUUGCCAUUUUACACUGUUCGCUGAAUAAAUUCUGCAAUCCUAACCACACGUUGAAAGAUAAUUUCGAAAGCAAGCCUCGAACGGUUCCGUCUAAAUUGUUAGCUAACGAUACACCAGCUAAUCAAAAUGGAGGUUCUGCAACAUCAUCGACAAGUUCUAUAAAUGUACCUGAGACAAUCGACCAGCCGAAUACACUGGCAUCAACUGUUCCCAGUAAUUCCGAAAUAAUUGAACUAAUGGAUGACGAUGAUGAUGCCAUGUUAAUACAGAGUGUCGAUUUUGCCAUGUCGAUGGAAGAGGUUAACAAUAAAAAGCGGAAGAAUUCAAGUGACAUCGAAGAACGGUCGGUAAAAAAACGGAAUUUGAACAAGAGCGCUGAGUCAGACGCUCUUUUGGACAAAAAUAGUGCGCCGGAUGAAAGUGCUGCAUCGAGCAAGAGAGGCUCGACGGACAAAAGUGUUGCAUCGACCACCAAAGCCAGCCAGAGCUCGGAUAUUCCACAGCGCAGUACGAGAUCCGCUUCAAAAAUCCAAAGUUUCUCGAAGACAAAACAUGGAAUCGAAAGUCCAAUAGAAGGAAUGAAGAACCAAAGCGCUAAGCUGAGUACUGCAUCGACCACAAAAGGUCUGCUGGAUAAAAACACUGCACCGGAUGAAAGUGCUACAUCGAGCAAGAGAGAUUCGUCGGACAAGAGUCUUGCAUCGGCAACCAGAUCGAACCAGAGCUUGGAUAUUCCACAGCGCAGUGCGAGAUCCGCUUCAAAGAUUCAAAAUUUCUCAACGACUGAACAUGUAACCGAAAGCCGAAAAGAAGUUAUAGAAGGAAGGGAUAGUCUGAGCUCUAAGCCGAGUACUACAACUAAAAACACAAACAAUCAACAUACGCGUACUGUCCAACAAAGUGGAAAUAAACGUGAUUCUACGGAGAAAAACUCCGAAACUUUUCCUACAGAAAUCUCAAUUAUCCAAGGAAGUCAAAUGCAAUCACGUGCCGCAAAUAAUUCCCAGCCAAAGUGGACAUCAACUCAAAUCGAUACACCCUCGAAGCGUAAACGAACCGCUCAUCGUGGUCCAACCUCAAGCAUUUUUGGCGGCAAUGAUUCGGAUAGCGACGAUGAUCUAUUCAAAUUCAACAACGAACCAUCAGUGAAAAAGUCACGACCAGCCAAAGGCAGUGACUCAGAUUCUGAUGAUAAUCGAAAUUAUCCUCGAUCAAGCGGACCAGUUGCACCAGUUCCGAUGCUACCACCCAUACCCAUCACACAACCUCAGUCUCAAAUUGCACCAGAUAGUUGGUUGAGCAGACCAGCACUGACACAAACAUUCACAGGCAACACAACUAUCCGUUCAAGGCCAAGGAAACGAAAUGAUCGCGCCGACAAGGCGAAAUCGAACAAUGUUUCAACUGGAUGGCAAAUUGGCCAGUUUUGCAUUUCGACUCCUCCCGUUGCGAUACCGACUCAAGGCUGGUGCUCAAAGGAUACCAUAAAAUCGGCGAGUUUGGAGAAUGAUAUGAAGCAGGAGGAUUCGAAAGGGAAGUCUAUGCUGGAAGCAUCUAAUGAUUCUCUCAAAUGUGGUAUUCAAGUGAUCACUAAGAGUAUGAAUUUGAUGAGUACCAGCGGUAAAGUGUUCAAGAAGCAGAGCUUCAUCGUGCCAUCAGAAAUUAUAAAAACUACAAAAAUCUACGAAUUUUGAUCAGCGAAUUGCUCAAAAAUUCGUCCUAUUUUUUUGCGAAGUUAAUUUUCAUUUAUCAAAUAAAUUCUCGUUUACUCUUUAAUAA